AUGAGCCCUGCCUUCCAUGACAAGAUUCUCUUGCUUCUCUGCAUCCUUUGUUUUAAUGGUGUUUUCGGCAGCGGACAAGGGAUACAAGUAGCAGCAGUUUUGGGUGUAGAAGGCAAUGAAGCCCAUAAGAGUAGCCUUGUGCAUCACAAGGGGAGGAGACAUGGUUUGUUUGAUGUCAUGAGCUUUGGCGCUCGAGCAGACGGCCGAACUGAUGAUACUAGGGCCUUCAGAGCAGCAUGGAAAGAGGCAUGUGAAGCGUCAGGUUCGGUGAAUCUUGUGAUACCAAAAGGGACAUACUUGAUUGGCCCUAUCAAGUUUGCCGGCCCAUGCAAUAAUGUAUCAUCUCUGACCGUUCUUAUGAAGGGUCAUUUGAAGGCUACAACAGAUUUGUCCAAUUAUGGAUUCAGUGCUGGUUGGGUUGAAUUUGGAAGGCUGGAAGGGCUAACCUUGACCGGAGGCGGGACCUUUGAUGGUCAAGGUGCCAAAGCCUGGCCUUACAAUAACUGCUCCACUCACUCCAAGUGCAAACUUCUUCCAACUAAUGUAAAAUUCAUGGCAAUGAAUAAGACGGUUGUCCGAGGCAUAACUUCGCUGAAUAGCAAGUUCUUUCACAUAGCUCUUGUGGAGUGCCAGAACUUCAAAGGUAGUAAAAUCAAGAUUUCAGCCCCGGAAAACAGCCCAAACACUGAUGGAAUCCACAUUGAGCGAAGCUCUAGUGUCUAUUUUUCUGGAUCACACAUUGGUACUGGUGAUGACUGCAUUUCUAUAGGACAAGGGAAUUCUCAGGUCACUGUCUCAAGUGUCACCUGCGGACCAGGUCAUGGCAUCAGCGUUGGAAGUCUAGGAAAAUAUCGGAAUGAAGGAGAUGUAAGUGGACUCGUGGUCAGAGAUUGUACCAUUACAGGUACCUCAAAUGGCAUCAGGAUCAAGACUUGGGCCAACUCCCCAGAUAGCAGUGUGGCCACCAAUAUGACAUUUGAGAACAUUGUGAUGAACAAUGUGACCAAUCCCAUCAUAAUCGAUCAAGCAUAUUGUCCAUUCACCUCCUGCACUUCCAUGGCACCAUCUCGAGUGAAGAUCAGUGACAUAUAUUUCAAGAACAUUAGAGGGACUUCGUCCUCAAAGGUAGCAGUGGCACUGGAAUGCAGCAGAGGGAUGCCAUGCCAGAAUAUCUACCUUGAAAAUGUACACUUGGAUCUGUCAACAGGGGAGAAACAUGCCACUUCCACUUGCAAAAAUGUUAGAGCUAAAUACAUUGGCACCCAAAUCCCACCACCAUGUUCUUAGUUUCCAAUCUUAAUUAGAUGCGAUCAAAGUUACUAAUUGCAACUUUACUUCAUUUUGGGAAUAGUUCUGUGUCAGGGAUA